UUUAAAUUUUUCAAAAGAUAAAAUAUUAUUUUGGUCAUUUUGAUUUUUGAGGGCUAUUUUUGUGACAUAAACUUAGAAAUGUGCUAUUUUGGAGAUUUGCGAGUUUGACUAUAUUGUCUCUAAACCCAUUUUAACCAAAGAGAAUGCUAAUUUAUACUAGUUCAUAGUUGUGAUAGAAUUUAUACUAGUUUAUAAUAAUUCUCAUAAUUUGUGAUUGCUGAUAUAUUCUAGUUUAUAACAACUUCGCAUGUUAUUUUGUUAUUUCCUUUGUUAUCCUUUUCCCUGUUUAAGUUGUUUUCCUCUUUCUCCUAGAUUUGUUUUGUUAUAUAAGAAAACUAAACUUGUGAGGAGAGACACUUGCUUUUAGAUAACCAAUAACAACUUGAGAAGAGAAAAACCCUGAAGCUCUGUAACUUCUUCCACUCCGUUAGUUGAUUUGGAUUUUGAUUAUAAGAAACCAUGUCUAAGAAAGCUCAGCCUAAGAACGCCCCGAUGGAUUUGUUUGAUAGUGAUGAUGAUACGUGUAGUUUAAGCUCCUUCUACACCAUGCGGUCUGAGAUACCUCGCAUGGAUGAAGUUCAUGUUCAGAAAGAUGUUAUGUUGGAUCAGUCCCUUGAUGCUCUCUAUGAGAAAAGGAGUUCUACGAGAGAGCAAGCUUUGGCUUCCAUUGUUGACGCAUUCAAAAGUGACUUGCAGCAUGAGUUUGUGGAAAAGAACUUUGCCACCUUGUUGGAUCGGUGUUUACACUGCAUCAAGAAAAGGUCCACUAAAGAGUCCUCACUAGCAUCACAUGUUAUUGGGUUGCUAGCUUUAACUGUUGGACUUGGGGAUCAAGCACAAGAGAAUCUAGAAGAAUCCGUCACUCCUCUUUCUCAAGCCCUUAAAUCUAGUCGUGAAGCCUUGAAAAUAACUUCGAUUCUUGAGUGUUUAGCAGUCAUAACCUUUGUUGGUGGAGCCAAUGCAGAGCAAACCGAGAGAUCUAUGCAAAUAAUAUGGCAAAUGAUUGACCCUAAACUGGUUUCUAAUGUUGUUGCAACCAAACCUUCACCUGCUGUAAUAACAACUGUUGUCUCUUCCUGGACGUUUCUGCUCACAACAGUUGAUAGAUGGACUCUAGGUCCCAAAAUUUUGCAAGAGACCGUCACUUAUCUCUCCACACUUUUGGAAAAGGAUGACCGAUCAGUACGUAUAGCUGCUGGUGAAGCUCUUGCUCUUAUGUUUGAGUUGGGAAUUCUAGAGAAGUUUGAUGCGGAAGCCAAAGGGUCUGAUAAUGGAUCAGUGAAAGAAGAAAGUGAGGCAUUGAUAAACAUGCAUAGAUUGAUAUCUAAGGUCACUGAUCAAGUUCGAGACCUCGCUGUAGAGGCAGGUGGUAAAGGUUGUGCUAAGAAAGAUCUCAACACACAACGAAGUUUGUUCAAGGACCUUGUUGAAUUUCUUGAGGGUGGAGUGGCACCUGAAACCUCUACAAGAGUUGGAGGAGCCUCUAUAGAGACGUCAACUUGGUGCCAGAUGAUACAGUUAAAUUUUUUGAAGCAUUUCCUUGGGGGUGGCUUUAUCAAACAUAUGCAGGAGAAUGAGUUCCUACACGAUGUGUUUAGUUUCACUCCAAAGAAAAUUGGUGGACAUUCUACUAUGACUAAUGAAGAAAAGAGGUUGUUUCAGUCGCCAAACUCAGCUGUCAGCAAAGCAAGGACGAAACUCAUGAACAAGGAGAGGAUGAUAUCUCUAACAAGGAAGUUUUAUUCAAUUAGUAGUUGAUUCUAAAAUCAUGUUUUAAAAUCCAGUGUUGUUGGAUCUCUUAUUUGUAAAUGACAAAUUUUUGGUUAUUCAAUUUGAAGCUCUAACUAAAAUUCCAGUGCUAUUGAAAAUUAAAAAGGUGUUAUUCAAUGAUAGAUUUUUAUUUAAUUUAUAAAUCUAGCUAUAAUCUAUUGUUAUUCAGUUACUAAUUCUAAAUUAUGUUUUAAAAUUUAGUGUUUUAAGAUUUUUUUUUUUAUAUAAAUCAUAACUAAAAGUUCACUUUAAAGUUUGUUGUUAAUCAAUUAAAUUUUCAUAUAGUCAAUUAAAUUAGUAAAUAACUUCUAAAAUUUUGGCAUACAAAGUUAUUUAAAAUCAAAAUCAAACUUCAAUAGACUUUCAUGAGAGAACUGUUAAACCACAAGAUUUUGGAAUCCAGAUUCAUGAAUGUUUAAAACUAAUACCAAAUUUAAAUCUUGAAGAUCAUUAAACAUAGCGAACUGAGUUAACAUAUUAAUGUGACUACACUUUCUACCCACGAGCCACGGCUAGUAUCACAGCUUAAAAGUAUCCAACAGAAGAAUCAAAAGAUAAGAGCAACAAAGUUCCAUUAUCAU